GUUUAUACCCACCUGGGCCCAACAUGAACUUGCCAUUGCAAGGUACAAUUACAAUUGCACCUAGUACAAAAUCUAACAAAACAUUAGCUCCAUUUUGAGCCUAUAUAUACAACCAUCAUCAAUCAUCCAUCUCCAUCGCCUGAAACACUCUAAAAUUAACAUCUUUUAACCUUCAAAAUUCAAAAUCAUGGGUGUCUUGACAUACACCGAUGUGUACACUUCACCCGUCCUUCCGGCUAGAAUUUUCAAGGCCUCGAUUGUCGACUCGCACAACUUAAUGCCAAAACUCUUGCCAGAUGCUAUUAAAAGCAUCGAACUUAUCAAAGGUGACGGUGGGUCCGGAAGCAUUAAACAGAUCAACUAUGCUGGAGGUUUCGCGAAGCACCAAGUAGAUGAAAUCGAUGAGAAGACAUUCACUUACAAGUACACGUUGAUUGAAGGAAACGGCAUAUCAGACAAUAUCGAAAAGGUAUCUUAUGAUAUCAAGUUGGAGGGUUCAUCUAAUGGUGGGACCGUCUCCAAGAUGACCACAACUAUUUACACACGUGGUGAUUUUGAAAUCAAGGAAGAAGAACUAAAGGCCGGCAAAGAAAAGGUUUUAGGACUCUACAAGGUUGUGGAAGCCUACCUUAUCAAAAACCCGGAUGCAUAUGUUUAAAGACUUUCAUUUUAACGUUGUGUUGUAUCCGUAUUUGGCAUUUUCAAGAUUCACACUGUCUCUCUUUAUAUAAACAUCACAUCAUCAACAUCAAUAAAGUUUGAUUCAAUAAAUUGUCUUUCAGUAAGUA